AUGUCGUUUCGACGUGUCACCGCCGCCGCGAUCCUGGCAUUAGCCACAUUCGCUUUCGCCGACAACCUCGAGGUCGCUGCCCAAACCCCGACACUAGGCUCGGACACUGUUCACGGAUGCUACUCAGAUAUCGGUCCUCUUAAAUUCGACAGCAAGCCGGAUUUCAACUCCCAAGGCGCAUGCGUAAAAGUAUGCAGAGACGAAAAGAAGCACGCUGUGGCCGCGACAUACGCAGAUUCAUGCUUUUGCGGCGACUCAUACCCGCCCAAAAGCGCCUUGGUCGACGACUCAAAGUGUAAUGAGCCAUGCCCUGGCUAUGAUACUCAAGCCUGCGGUGGCCUUGGCACCUGGACUGUCUACAACACCGGCUUGCUUGUGGCUGUGGCAGACGCCGCGGUAUCCAGUAGCUCAACAACCUCAGCAGCCCAGACAACUUCUGCAACCACUGCAGCCUCUUCCACGGCGGAUACCGUACAGACUGUCACAGCGUCAUCAGAGCCCGAAACCGACUCGAACAGCAAGAGCAGCGGUAGUAAAACUAACACGGCUGGUAUCGCCGCUGGUGUUGUCGUUGGAGUUGUGGUUAUCGCCGCCAUUGCUGGUGGAAUGUUCUUCUGGAUGCGCCGCAAGCGAAACUCGGAGCUCGAGGAGGAGCACAGACGGAAUGCUGCUGUCAACGCCUUCAUCAGCGGUGGUAAGCCCCCCAGCAGUAGUGGCGGACUCUCCAUGGCGGACUCUCGCAUGGACCCCGUCAUGAACCGAAGAGGAAGCGACGGCAGUAUCGCCGACAACCAAGAUUACUCGCGCAGAAUUCUGAGGGUAACCAAUGCGUGA